AUGAGUCAGUUCAUCAGAUGAUAAGGCAGCAGAAGCAAAGAAGAGAUAAGGCACUGGCUGACUUCUAGUUGCCAGAUCUAAGGGGUCUACUCGUGAGUCGAAUGGGCCAUAACCCAAAAUUUGGCUUUAAAAAAGCCAAACUGGCAACCCACUGUCAGAUGCCACCUCUCAUCAGCAUGCAGGAGCCAAUCAGCAUGCAUGAGGCAAUCAACGACCAUGAGUCAAACUGAUAAAAUUACUGUGAGGCAAGAAAGCCCUCUCUUUCAUUCUGAAAACUGCAGCAGGAGCAACAUCAGCAGAAAAAGAAUACCAAGCACCAAAAAAGAAAGAAAGAAAGAAGAAAAAAGGUUCCACCAAAGAUGAUGAGCAUUACAGAUGAAGAACUGAGCGCCCUUGAGAUCUCUGAAGAUAAUGUUUUUAUUUACUCUGUGGAUCAGAUGUGGAAUUCCAAGAACAGCAGCAACCCAAACACGAGACACUUGGAGGCUCCAACAUGGAGGGCCAGCCACCCUACAAAUAGCCCAGAAGGGUCUGCCUGGAACCUGAACAUGAACCUGGUGUCCGUGAUGAGCAGGCGCUGAAUCUCCGUGCUAAUGAGUUAUUGGCCAGCAUGUCGCGGGCUACAGAAUAUAUGCAAACAUUAAUAAAGGAUAAGGCAGAUGCCGUAGAACGCAUGACAGAGGCUGAGCAACAUCGUGAGCAAGCAACACGCAUCAUUCGAAAAGAAAAGGACCUGGUUAGGGAUAUUACACAUCAGCUGCAAACUCUAAUAAGAUGUGGAAGCACAAUGUGUGAUUUUGUAGACAGAAAUAAAAAAGAUCAACCUUACCCUGUCUGGAUACAGGCGGGGGGGGGGAGGGGCCAUGUCACACAGUCAACAAGAGGGUUCCAAGGAUGCUCCUGAUUCUGAUAUGGUGUCUGAGCCCCCCAUAGAGCCACAUAGUGUUGCCGGACAUCAGAUUACAGCCCCCAAGCAGUGUGGUACCCGCAAUGGGUCCUCUCAAGGAGGCAUGGCAUCUGAUGUUGGCAUUGCAGUGGAUUCCCAACCAUUCUCUUCUGAAGAAUCAGCAGGCUGCUCUGAAGAACCCCCACCCGUGGAUCUACAGUUUAUUCAACGUUAUAAUAGGAACUAUGCACGCUUUAAUGGGGUUGAAAUGUAUUAUGAAUUCAAGUUUGUGAAUUUGGACAGAGUACACUCCUUUCUUGAUGCACUAUUGGGGAUGUAUUCUGCUGUUCAAAGCGUUCUGGACAAUAUAAACAAACAUAUAGAACCAGGGGACUUUGUACAGCUCAGAUUGCGAGGAAAAGGGAUUUAAAAUCUUCUUUACUCUGCAAGGAGGCUGGCAGGGCAUCUGAAUGCUGAAACUUUCUUAAGCGCUAUGUCUAACCUGCUUCAAAGUUAUGCUCAAAUUUUAGCUGAUGGUAUAUUAACACUGGCAGUGAUUGUCAUUACACCCCCACGAGGAGCUGGUCGCAAGCAUAUAAAAUCAAUACCCUAUAACAGCAUUAUACAGAAAAAGAGACUGCACCUGAUAGAUGUCCCCAUGCCUAAUAUAGCACUCUGCUUUGCAGCGAGUCUCAUGGCUGUUCUAGAUGAGAGAGCUACCGCUACACAGAUAAAAGAAGGGGCAAAAAAGCUCUACAGGGAUCUUGGGUGGGGUGAGCAAAAAGAAGUGUCUUUGGGAGAUGUGAAAACCAUAGAGAUGCACAUGAAGGUCAAUAUUGUGGUUGUGCAAUGGAAAACUUCCAGAUGGAGUGUUUUAAAAUCUCCUGAACAGAAAUACCUCAAACAAUUUUUUCUGUUACUUCAUAAUGCUCACUAUUAUGGGGUUAAGAACAUCAAGGGGUUUUUUGGCUCCAGAAAUUUUUAUUAUGUCUGUUACAUGCCCUAUACACACAAACAUGACUGUUUGAUGAGGUGUCACUGCUGUUUGGACACCGGGUGUGUAAAACAUGUAGGGCGAAUAAUCAGAUGCCCCAAAUGUAAGAUGCAGUGUAGAUCACAAGACUGUCUAGGAAGGCAUAAGAAGCUCUCUGCAAUGGGGCGGGUAGAAUGGAUCCCACGUGAACUAUGUGAUAAUAUGUUGAGGCGUAUCAUGAAGAUGAACGCCCCUGUAGGGGAAAACAGUGUCAUGUAUGCUAUGAGUAUCUUUGCCCUGGGGAAGAACACGAGUGUCACAUUCCACGUUUACAGUACCCCGAGCUAUCAGUAAAAUAUGUGUUUUAUGACUGCGAAUGCAGGCAGGAGGAUGGGGUCCACGUGCCAAACUAUAUUUAUGCCAGGGCAUUUGAAGGGGAGCCUGUGGAGCCUAUUAAAGCAUAUCAAGAGAAACAGAAAGGCUGGAAAAAGUGGGGCCCCCAAGGGAAAUAUUUGGAAUUUAAGGGGGACUCAUGUUUGAAUGAAUUUGUAAUAAAAUUUACAUCAGACAGUAGCUUUAUGGGGUGCCGGUUUAUAGCUCACAAUUCGAGAAGCUAUGACGGCAUCCUGAUCUUGAGAGAGCUAAUCAAAGAAGGUCUCGAUGUAGAUCUGCUCACUCAGCGGGGGGAAACUACUAUGUAUAACAGUUAAAAAUAAUGACAUAAAAUUUAUAGAUUCCCUAUGCUAUCUACCCAUGGCGCUAGCAAAGCUCCCAAAGCUAUGGGUUUUCAGGGUUGUAAGGGUUAUUUCCCACAUUUCUUUAAUAAAAAAGAAAAUGAGAGGUAUAUUGGGAAUAUGCCAGAAACUAUGUACUAUGGUGUGGAUCCUAUGAAGCAUGCAGAUAGGGAAGAAUUCAUAAACUGGUAUGAGGAAAACAAAUCAAAGAUGUUUGACAUGCAGAAGAAAUUGGCCUAUUACUGUCAGAAAGAUGUAGACAUCUUGAUACCUGUCAAGAUGAACGGGAAGCUCAUGUUUCCCCUGUGCAGGCUCUGUGCAGACUCACAACAGCUGGAGCAAUGUAGCCACAAUGAUGAGGAAAGGGCGCUGGUGGGUACAUGGUGCACAGUAGAAUUGGAAGUUGCUGUGGCUAAAGGGUACAGGGUGGCACAGAUCUAUGAGGUUUGGCAUUUUGAAAGGAGGUCUGACAGACUCUUUUCAGAGUACGUCAAAAAAUUUCUCCAGCUGAAGCAGGAAUCUUCUGGCUACCCCACAGAGUAUGUUAGCAGGGUGGACAGAGAGAGAUACAUUGAUGAGUAUUAUAAGAAAGAAGGGGUGUGUUUAUGCCCCGAGAUGAUUGAAGCAAACCCUGCUAAAUGCCAAAUAGCCAAGCUUUUCUUAAAUUCCCUGUGGGGGAAAUUUGCUCAGAGGACAAACCUCCUUAGGACCUCCAUAGUGAAAAAACCUGAUGAGCUUUUCCAAUACCUCUUUUCAGAUAGCUAUGAGGUCUCUAUGUGUGAAUUCCUUGAGGAUGAUACAUGUUGUGUGUCUUGGAAAGAUGCAAAAGAAUGUAUAGUUCCGCCAGGUAACACAAACGUUUUUCUGGCGUGUUUUACAAUGUCGUAUGCACGCCUGCAUUUGUACUCUAUCAUGGAGAAACUAGAGGAACGAUGCCUGUACCAUGACACAGAUUCUGUGAUUUAUGUGUCUCAUGAGGGGGAGUACAAUCCUCCCUUUGGAAAAUUUUUAGGGUAGCUGACAAACGAACUGCUGUCAGACCAGUACAUAACAGAGUUUAUGAGCACAGGUCCUAAAUCUUAUGGCUACAAGUUGUCUGGGGGUGCUUCGUGUAUAAAAGUCAAGGGGAUUACUCUGAAUGUGUCUAGCUAUCAAAAGAUUAACUUUGCCAGUCUGAAAGAUCUGGUUUUUGCCUACGUUUCGGAACAGGAUCCUGCACGCGAGAUUGUGGUAGAGCAGAAUGGUAUAGUUAGAAAUAAGAAGAGAUGGCAGAUAGAAACAUGGCUUUUGAGGAAGACACAGAGAGUGGUAUUUGAUAAGUGCAUCAUCAUUGAGGAUUUUAAGACUAUACCAUACGGGUAUUAAAAAUGGACGCUCGCUGGCAACACCCCUUCUCUGCCAUCCUUGCGGGGCCUAGCAACUGUGGUAAAACUUUUUUUCUAAAAAAAAUGCUGGACAAUGCACACAGUGUGCUAUCUGUGAUGCCUGAAAAAAUCGUGUGGUGUUACUCUUGUUGGCAGCCUUUGUACAAACAAAUGCUCUGUAAAUACCCUAUGAUAACAUUUGUAGAAGGUAUGCCUGAGAAAAUUGAUGAUGAUGACUUGUUACCCCCAAAUAAAAUCUGUUUUCUUGUUCUGGA